UAAUUUUGUUUGGAAAUGAGAAAAUGUGUUAUAUUUUGACGAUAAUGAUUCUAGAACUUGUUUUGUUUGGAUUUGCAAAUUCAAAACUCGCCUAAGCGAUAGCGUGAUGUUGAAGGUUAAUUAUUAUUUAGGAUUUGUUGAAUUUAGUUUGUUUCAUGUUGUUCUUUUGUCAUAAAAUUUUAUCUUAUAACUCCUUGUAACAAAGGAUGACAUAAGUGUUUUGUUAAGAUAAUUUUUUGACCGUUGACAUGUCGUUAACCCGUGUGACAAACAAAUAUAAUUUGCGUCAGUCUUCGAUUAGCCUUGUUGCCUUGAUAAAAGGCGCUACGGUAGAUGGGACGACGCUAAAGCUACGCCUUCAUAAUGACUCAGUUUUGACCUUCGAAGAUUGUUGGCUACGUGAUCAUUGCAGAUGCCCAGAAUGUUAUCAUUCAUCUACAAACCAAAGGGCUCAUCAUAUUUUGGAUAUACCCGAAGUAAUGAUACAAAGCGUUAAAACAAACGAUACAAACGUUGAAAUAAAAUGGAACGAUGGUCACAAAUCCACUUACAAUGUUAAUUUCUUAGAACCUUAUGGCUAUGAAAAUUGGAAACUGCCAAAAUGGCCACCAGUUUUGUGGUGUGGCGAUUCCGUGGCCACUAAAAUUGCGAGGAUUUCUGACAAAGAAUUCGUUAAUAACAUAGAAGGAGAGAAGAAAGUCUUCCAAUCUCUACUCGAUUAUGGAAUUGCUGUGAUUGAACAGGUAGAGCCAACAAUGGAAGCGACUGAGGUAAUCUGCCAAGCUCUGGGUGGUGUACAGCAUACUAUGUUUGGAGGGAUGUGGAAGGUGAGCACAAAUCCAGAACAUGCUGACACAGCUUAUAUGAACAUCGCCUUAAAACAACAUACCGAUAAUACAUAUUUCACGGAACCAGCUGGGCUUCAAAUAUUCCAUUGCACAGAACAUACAAACGGUACAGGUGGUGAAAAUGUCUUCAUAGAUGGGUUUUACGCCGCUAUGAAACUGAAAGAAGAACAUCCGGAAGAUUUCGAGUUUCUCACUAAAUUCGAAGUCGAGGCGCAGUAUAUUGGCGAUGGACGUUUCCAGAAGCAUUCCGCGCCAGUAAUUCAGUUGGAUACAUUUAAUAAUAUUAAACAUAUCAGAUUUAAUUCCUAUGAUCGGUCUCCGAUGACAUUCAAAAAUUCUCAAGAGUGCAGAACAUACUACCGUGCUCUUAGGAAUCUGGCGAGAUACUUCGAAGAUCCCAAAAACCAAUGGCAAAUUAAACUAAUACCAGGAACAUUAAUAGCAUUCGACAACUUUAGAGUACUUCAUGGACGGACUGCAUUCACCGGAAAGCGUAUACUCUGUGGCAGCUACGUGUCACGAUCUGAUUGGCUGGAUAAGGCGCGAACUUUAGGGUUACUUUGAACAUGAUCAUUUGCAUUAUAUGUAUUUUCAAGUAUUCACUAAACUUAAAAUUAGAUAAUGUUUAGAGUUUUUUGCGUCUUUAUUUUUAAUUCUCGUAAAUAAAGUAGUCUUAGUUAG